CACACACACACACACACACACACACACACACACACACACGUGUAUAUAUAAGCAGGACUCGGGAGAAGGAGAAGGAGUACCGGACAAAAAGCGUCGUCGUCCUCCUUCGCGGUCUCCUCACUUCCGAGUCCCAAAGAAUGUCCGAUCGGCGCCAUGACUUGCUCGACGUCAGAUAGCGAGAAGAUCGUCAUCAACUGCGGCGGCGUCCGCCACCAGACGUACCGCAGCACGCUGAAGACGCUGCCGGGCACGCGGCUGUCGUGGCUGACGGAGCCCGAUGCCUUCAGCAACUUCGACUACGACCCCAAGUGCGACGAGUUCUUCUUCGACCGCCACCCCGCCACCUUCGCCUUCAUCCUCAACUACUACCGCACCGGCAAGCUGCACUGCCCCGGGGACGUGUGUGGUCCUCUGUUCGAGGAGGAGCUCGCCUUCUGGGGCAUCGACGAGACGGACGUUGAGGCGUGCUGCUGGAUGAACUACCGCCAGCACCGCGACGCCGAGGAGGCCCUGGACAGCUUCGAGAACCCCGAGCCCGACGCGCCCGACGAGGACCCGGCGCUCACCGGCGGCGCCGACGGAGACCUGAAGCGGCUGUGCGUGCAGGAGGACGGCCGCCGCGCCACCUGGUGGCAGGUGUGGCAGCCCUACAUGUGGGCGCUCUUCGAGGACCCCUACUCGUCCAAGUACGCCCGGUACGUGGCGUUUGGUUCGCUGUUCUUCAUCCUGCUCUCCAUCUCCACCUUCUGCCUGGAGACCCACGAGGUCUUCAACACCAUCUACAACAAGACGGAGAAUGUCACCGUGGGCAACGUGACGCGUGAGGAGAUCGUGUACGAAGUGGUCACGGACGGCUGGCUGACGUACGUGGAAGGCGUCUGCGUCAUCUGGUUCACCAUCGAGGUGCUGGCGCGUGUCAUCUUCUGCCCUGACAAACAAGAGUUCUUCCGCAGCGCCCUGAACAUCAUCGACUUUGUGGCUAUUGUGCCCUUCUACCUGGAGGUGGCGCUGAGCGGACUAUCCUCCAAAACAGCCAAAGACGUGCUCAGCUUCCUGCGUGUGGUGCGGUUUGUACGAAUCCUGCGAAUCUUCAAGCUCACGCGCCACUUUGUGGGCCUGCGGGUCCUAGGCCACACCCUGAGAGCCAGCACCAAUGAGUUCCUGCUGCUCAUCAUCUUCCUGGCACUGGGCGUCCUUAUCUUUGCCACCAUGAUUUACUACGCCGAGCGCAUCGGUGCAGACCCCGAUGACCCCACCGCCGCCGCCCACACUAACUUCAAGAACAUCCCCAUUGGUUUCUGGUGGGCAGUGGUGACCAUGACCACGCUGGGCUACGGGGACAUGUACCCGGAGACGUGGUCGGGAAUGUUGGUGGGCGCCUUGUGUGCCUUGGCCGGCGUCUUGACCAUCGCUAUGCCGGUUCCCGUCAUCGUCAACAACUUUGGCAUGUACUACUCGCUGGCCAUGGCCAAGCAGAAGCUCCCCAAGAAGAGGAACAAGCACAUACCUCGUGCGCCGCAGCCGGGCAGUCCCAACUACUGCAAACCCGAUGCUCUCGCCAUGGCCACCGCCUCGCCGCACAGGCUCAUGGGAAAUGUGCUGGGGCCCGGCAUGGUGGGAUCGGGCAGCAUGAUGGCCGGGGAUUGUCCGCUGGCACAGGAGGAGAUCAUCGACAUCAACAGAGCAGACUCCAAACAAAAUGGCGACGCUGCCAACGCAGCGCUGGCCAACGAGGACUGUCCCACCAUCGACCAGGUCCUGGGCGACGAGCGCAGUCCGGCCACCGGGGGACUGGGGUCCGCCGGGGGCAUGGGGUCCGCUGCCAGCCGCGAACGCUACCCACAUGACCGCGCCUGCUUCCUGCUCAACGCUGGCGACUUCCAGCGCAGCGGCGACGGCCACGUUGGAAAAGCCCCGGGUUACGAGAAGUCCCGCAGCCUGAACAACAUCUCCGGCAUGGCGGGCGCCCCGCUGCGCCUCACCCCCAUCACCGACUCCGCCUUUGAGCCCUUCCAGCCGCCCGGCCUCAGGCGAUGCCGCUCCCCCAUCCCCUCCAUCUUGUAGCGGGUCUUAGAAGCCAGGAAGUAGAACUCACCAGGACUGAGAGCAUACCAUGCACACGCUACACGCACCUGCAUGCCUAACGAGCACACACCUGAGCUUUCUUUAUGCUAGGUGCUACGCCAUUCUCGCAGCUCGGUGCAAAACUAACUUUUAGGGUCAAGGUUCAGUGAAAUAUAAAACAACUUCUUUCUAACACCACCCUAAAAAAACUACUAACAGGUUAAAACAACCAGAACUACACCAGUAGUACCUCAGUUCCCAAAAACCAAAUCAUUCGAAUGGUGAAAGUUCUGCUAUGUCUUAGUCAGGAGUGUCCAAAGUUAAAUAAGGACUCUGGCCCACCAACUUAGUUUGGCAUAUUUCAGUCUAAUCGAUGCAAAUUAGUAAAUCAUAGCAAAGCGUUUGCUUAUAUGCCCCAAUCCAGACAACCUUCCCUAGUCAUAAACUGCAACCAACACAGUCACACGUAACACAACCUGCUCGCUGAACUUUGUGGAUGUCAUAAAAAAAAAAAAGCCCAUGCACCGAACGUCAUUCAAAAUGACGCCCAUUUAAAUCCACUGCAAUGCAUGAUGGGAAAAAUGCACUUUUAGCUGCUUGAUGUUUCUGAUUGAUUACAAAACUUUUAAGGAGGUCGUCACAGAAGUAAACAAGGUAGGAGUCCAACUUUCACAUACUCUUAAAAACCAUUUAAAUUAAUUUUAUAUCCAUUUAAUUAAUAUGAUAUACAUAUACAGUAUACAUACAUAUAUGUAUGUAUAUAUGUAUGUAUAUAUUAGGGGUGUCAAAAACAAUUGAUUUUUGGAUAAAUUCUUACCUGUUACGUUUUUGUUUUUUUAACC